CCUAGCCGUGGCUGGGAUCUCGCGGGAAGAGCGGCGGGCACGGCUGUGGCUUGGUCUCCCGGCUGCGCGCGAAGCGGGAGGGCUCUCCUCACACAAGCGCUUUCUCGCGGAGAGGUUAGAGCUGCGGCAGCCGCAGGCCUGGGCCGCCCCUUCCCUGCCGCCGCCUUCUCUUCCUCAGGGCUUCUCGGUCCGCUCGCCCUCCGGCGCUCCCAGAUUACCGGUUUAUUGUAAAAGGGUAUAACUCAGGAACAGCUGGAUGGAAGGAAAUGCAUAAGGCAAGGUAUGGUCUGAAAUAUGCGUUGCUUGGCAGCUCGGGUCAACUAUAAGACUUUGAUUAUCAUCUGCACACUCUUCACUUUGGUCACGGUACUUUUGUGGAAUAAAUGUUCCAGCGAUAAAGCGAUCCAGUUUCCACGGCACUUGAGUAGUGGCUUCAGAGUGGAUGGAUUAGAAAAAAGAGCAGCAGCAUCUGAGAGUAACAACUAUGUGAACCACAUGGCCAAGCAGUCUGAGGAGGCAUUCCCUCAGGAACAGCAGAAAGCACCCCCUGUUGUUGGGAGCUUCAACAGCAAUGGGGGAAGCAAGGUGUUAGGGCUCAAAUACGAAGAAAUUGACUGUCUCAUAAAUGAUGAACACACAAUUAAAGGGAGAAGAGAGGGGAAUGAAGUCUUUCUUCCAUUCACUUGGGUAGAGAAAUAUUUUGACGUAUAUGGAAAGGUGGUUCAGUAUGAUGGCUACGAUCGCUUUGAAUUCUCUCAUAGCUAUUCCAAAGUCUAUGCACAGAGAGCCCCUUAUCACCCUGAUGGCGUGUUUAUGUCCUUUGAAGGCUACAAUGUGGAAGUCCGAGACAGAGUCAAGUGCAUAAGUGGGGUUGAAGGUGUACCUUUAUCUACACAAUGGGGACCUCAAGGCUAUUUCUACCCAAUCCAGAUUGCACAAUAUGGGUUGAGUCAUUACAGCAAGAAUCUAACUGAGAAACCCCCUCACGUAGAGGUAUAUGAAACAGCAGAAGACAGAGACAGAAACAGCAAGCCGAAUGACUGGACUGUGCCAAAGGGCUGCUUUAUGGCUAGUGUGGCUGAUAAGUCUAGAUUCACCAAUGUUAAGCAGUUCAUUACUCCAGAAACCAGUGAAGGUGUAUCCUUGCAACUGGGGAACACAAAAGAUUUUAUUAUUUCAUUUGACCUCAAGUUCUUGACAAAUGGAAGUGUGUCCGUGGUUCUAGAGACCACAGAAAAGAAUCAGCUCUUCACUGUACAUUAUGUCUCAAAUACCCAGCUAAUUGCUUUUAAAGAAAGAGACAUAUACUAUGGCAUUGGGCCUAGAACUUCAUGGAGCACGGUCACCAGGGACCUGGUCACUGACCUCAGGAAAGGAGUGGGUCUUUCCAACACAAAAGCUGUCAAGCCAACCAAAAUCAUGCCCAAAAAGGUGGUUAGGUUGAUUGCAAAAGGGAAAGGAUUCCUUGACAACAUUACCAUCUCUACCACAGCCCACAUGGCUGCAUUCUUCGCUGCCAGCGAUUGGCUGGUAAGGAACCAGGAUGAGAAAGGUGGCUGGCCAAUUAUGGUGACCCGUAAGUUAGGGGAGGGGUUCAAGUCUUUAGAGCCAGGGUGGUACUCGGCCAUGGCCCAAGGGCAAGCCAUUUCUACCUUAGUCAGGGCCUAUCUAUUAACAAAAGACCAUUUAUUCCUCAGUUCAGCUUUAAGGGCAACAGCCCCUUACAAGUUUCUGUCAGAACAGCAUGGAGUUAGGGCUGUGUUUAUGAAUAAACACGACUGGUAUGAAGAAUAUCCCACCAUACCUAGCUCUUUCGUUUUAAAUGGCUUUAUGUAUUCUUUAAUUGGGCUGUAUGACUUAAAAGAAACUGCAGGGGAAAAACUCGGGAAAGAAGCGAGGUCCUUGUAUGAGCGUGGUAUGGAAUCCCUUAAAGCCAUGCUCCCCUUGUAUGACACCGGGUCAGGAACCAUCUAUGACCUCCGCCACUUCAUGCUUGGCAUCGCCCCCAACCUGGCCCGCUGGGACUACCACACCACCCACAUCAAUCAGCUGCAGCUACUCAGCACCAUCGAUGAGUCCCCAAUCUUCAAAGAGUUUGUCAAGAGGUGGAAAAGCUACCUUAAAGGCAGCAGGGCAAAGCACAACUAGAGCUCAGAACCAAAAUCGUCUUUCAGCCUCUGUCGUACACAGCUAUGGGCUCUACGUCAGCGGAGCAUAGGCACGUUUUAAAAGGUGGUAUGCUAGGUUUUUGUGGAUUGCAUCAAAGUGAUAAAUGAAACCAGUCGUCGGAGGUCAUUGCAUUCUGUGGGUUGGGUGUUUUGAAACCUCGGUGGCCCUUGGAGCAGAGAAGUGUUAGUCGAUGGCUGAACAAAGAUGUUUAACUUUGUCUUGCUCAUCACCUUCUGCGGUUCCACAGAUAGUCCCAUCCCUCUGGGUUUGGGAAAGACGCUGGUAAGUGGCUGUUAGUGGCCAGCUGUCUAGUGCUUACCUGAAAACUUAGUAUGGGUCUCUCUUAAAAUGUGACUAUCUAUGUUGAUGUUGGAAGCAAACUUUAAAAAAUUAUGUGCUGUAAUACAGUAAGUGUGUACUCGCAGCCUGAAUAGUGGACUGUGUGCAACUUUUUAAAAUGAUGUUUCUUUUCUAUAGAUUAAUUUCUGGGCAAAUUUCGUGUUGCGUUUGUUGAAUUUGUUAUAUAUGGAGAAUAUUUUGAAUGUAUGGUUUUCUUGAAACAUGUAAAUUAAAAACACAACCAGUGUUCAGGCUUCACAGUCAUAUAAUGUAAGCACAACUAAAAUGAAACUUGUUGACUGCACAAGAAAUCACAAAAAUGUUACUCUGUUUUAUGAAACUCGAUCUACAAUCAGUAAAGAUUUGAUAAUCAGUCUAUCCCUCCCCACUCCCCCUGUGAUGCUUUCUUUUUGUCACUGUCUAGAAUUCUGUAUUUCAUUUCAGACUACACUUGAGAGUUUUAUCUGUUUUGGGGGGACAUUUGGGAAAUUUUCUUUAAGGAGCUAGUCCCCUCCCGCUGCCCUUCCAGGGGUUUUUUUCCCCUCUUGUAAAGAAACGUACUCUGUCAGAUAUUAUACACAAGAACCAUAGCAGGUUUUUUCCCUUCUUUUAAGUCAUUCUUGGUUGUCAACUUUCCAGACCAUUGACUCUGCACAUCAGUGUUUUUCUUUUGCAAUUUUAAUUUUAAAUUAUUUCAGCUAUUGGGUAGAUGCUACCACAUGCGCUGUACGUGUGUAACCAGACCUUUCUUUUGGUUUUAUAUCCCACCAUACCUCACAUAAAUAGGUUCACAGCCCUCACACCCCGGGCAGUGUCUGCUAGAGGGCUUCCGGCAUUGUCAAUAUCAAGCGAGGUUGAUUUUGCUGUUUUUGUUUUAGUGUGUGACGAACACCAAAUCACUACUGUAACUUACACAGAUUGAAAUACGAGACCCCACACAUUCAGGAGACUGAGUCUGACAAACACAUUGCAAUUUGUCUGUGACCUGUAUUAAAUGCACAUCAAGAGCCACGAGGGCACUUGCCCACAUACUGCAUCUUAAAUUGAACUCAGCCAACCAACACAACUUAGAAGUCAGAAAAUGUAUACAUGUGUAUGAGUGUAAUAUAAAGGCAAAGUAUAUAUAUUAGUGGCAAAGGGAGCAGGAGCCGAGAAAACAAUAUAGAUCUACACUGAAGACGAUAUUACGGAAAAGUAAGCUUCAACUCCCAAGUUAUGUGGCCACAACUCUAUUUUGCCCACAACAGAAGAGCUGCGGGUUAUUCAGUUUCCCCCCUAGCAUUUGACUUUUGUAGUUCUACAUCAGAUGUCUCAACAAAAAUAUCUGGACUCCUCUUUUUUUUUCUUUUUUUUUUAUUUCAGUGCUCAAAAAAUAAACUUUCUCCAAUCUGGAAACCCUUUUUACUUCAUCUUCUCUGUUAUUAUCUAGAGCGGUCCAGACUUCUGCCUUGUGUUUGCAUACUGGUACUUCAGACUAAGGGAAUCAGCAAAAACAGCAUGGUAUGCUUCCGUGACAGAUACCAGUGCCUUAACGACGUGGCUGUCCUUUUCCACUGAAAAAGGAAAGACAUUUUGAUCUAGAAAUGGCAUUGCUGUUUCAUUGCUGUUGGUUUCACACUGCCUUCCACGUUGCAACAGCAACUUGAUUUUUCUCGUGAUCCCAGAAUUUUCUAAGAGGAUGAGUUGAACCUGCGACAGCCCCGCCAGCAUAUACCGGUGGUUCUCAAACUUCAGGGUGCCUCAGCAUCACCUGGGAGCUUCCUGAAAUUCAGAUGCCGGUUACUCACUAAAUCUGCCCGUGAAGCAUGAGAAUCUGCAUUUUUGACAGGCAUUCGUAUAAUUCUCAUGCAGGUGAUCUGCGGGGCAGACGUGGAGGAACACUGCCCAAGACCAUCGAUUGCGUUUUUGUUCCGAAACACCUACAGAGUUUUCUAGGGUUUUAAACCAUGUGAAAUGUUUACUUGUUCUCAGCUUAGAAGAAUGGGGAAGGUAUUUUAGUUUUGUUUUGUUUCUUUUGAUUUGUCUUUGUUUCAAGAUAAUGGGUCUUUGUUUUUUGCAUUCAUCUUGAGUUAGCUCUGAUGUUAAAUUAAAUCUAUUGCCACUUCAGUUGUAAAACCAGCCAAAAGUUUCCAGAUAAAGGUCAAGUUUGGCCCUUUAGGAUUAUUGUACAUAAAGGCUUCAUCCAAAAACCACCCAGUGUCUGUGAGCAAAUACAGAAGUGACACACAAGCACAACUUUCCAGAUGUGGCAGAGGCCUUUUCUUUGUCGGUGUGCAAACUUUCACUGAAAGCUGCUAUUUUCAUCCUUGUUGUAAUUGUUUUUCUUGUUUCUCCUCCAUUGUCCAUGUGGGUUAGAUGCCAUGUGUUAAAUAUGCAAUAAAGUGUUUACAGGACGCCCUUCUGAAGGGCGGUCCUUUGUAAAGCUGUACAGACUUGGCAAUUUAAGCACAAUGUGCACAUGUUAGUUUUCUAUACAGCAAAACUGGAUUUUUUGCAGAUGGAAAGGUAUUUUGUUUCUAUACAAAGUAAAUGGAUUGUUUGUGCUUAAUGUAAAGCUGCUUUAUAAAAUUGUAAAAUAAAGUUUUUAUCUUAAAA